CCGGAGACAGCCCCAACAAUGGGCUACUCACUCGAAAGCGACGACAGCAAGUGCUCGACCUACGUGCACGUCAAGAAGGUGGCCGUCAUCGGCGCAGGCGUGGCCGGACUUCAACUGGCUGAGCGCCUCGGCAAGAAGUCGGGUCUCGAGGUGACCAUCUUCGAGAAGACGAACAAGGUGGGUGGUGUGUGGUCCGCCAACUACGCAGACUUCGGCCUGCAGGUGCCGAAGGAGCUCUACGAGUUCCCGGCCUUCCCGUACCCAGAGGGCAAGUCGUGGGACAAGUUCCCCAAGGGCGCCCAGGUGCAGGAGUACAUCGAAGCCUUCGCCGAGCACGCUGGGCUCCGACAGCUGAUCCGGUUCGACACCUCCGUCCUCUCGCUGCAGAAGCGCGAGCGCGGCUGGCUCGUCACCCACGCGCCCAACGGCCAGGGAACGGAGGGUGUCCAAGAGCCGUUCGACUUCGUCGUGGUCGCGACCGGCAUGUACGGCGGCGCCUCGCCGCACAUCCCGUCGGCGCCGGGCAAGGAGGAGUUCGAGGGCGCGCUGCUGCACUCGUUCCACUUCCGCGAGCGCGAGCAGGCGCGCGGCAAGCGCGUGGUCGUCGUGGGCGGCGGCAAGUCAGCCGUCGACUGCGCGGUGGCCGCGGUCAAGGGCGGUGCCGAGGAGGUGACGCUCCUCUUCCGCGCGGCGCACUGGCCGGUGCCGCGCUACAUCCUCAACCUGAUCCCGUUCAAGUUCGCCACGUACUCGCGCUUCGGCCACGCGCUGCUGCCGACGCACCACGACGUGAGCAGCCUCGUGUGGUGGCUGCACGCGCUGUUCACGCCGCUCAAGUGGCUCGUCUGGCGGCUCGUCGAGAUUAUCUUUCGCCUGCAGUUCCAGAUCCCCAAGGAGAUGCUCCCGCGCUCGCGCAUCGAGAUUGACGUCUUCACGGGCGGCCAAAUCCUGACGUAUGAGGCGCGCGACCUGAUCAACGCGGGGAAGCUCAAGAUCUGCCGCGACGCGAUCGCGCGGUACACGCCCGCCGGUGUCGCGCUCAAGCAGGGCGCGCCGAUCAGCUGCGACAUGGUUGUGUACGGCACAGGCUUCACGAAGACGUACAACUACCUCGAGCCGUGCGUGCGCGAUGCGCUGCAGCUCCAGCGCGACGGGCUGUACCUCUACCGGUCGGUGCUGCCGGUCGGUGUGCCGGACAUCGCCUUCCUCGGCGCGGAGGUCUCGACGUUCAACAACAUCCUCACGCACGGUCUGCAGGCCGCGUGGCUCUCGAGCGUGCUCGGCGGCGAGGUGAAGCUGCCCUCAGCAUCGGAGAUGCAGCGCUCGGUCGAGCAGGAGAUGCACUGGAAGCGCACGUGGAUGCCGUCGACCUCGGCGCGCGCGGCGAUCCAGCAGUUGCACAUGCCCAAGUACCACGACAAGCUCGUCGAGGACAUGGGCUUCGGCGCGUGCCGCAAGAGCAACCCGCUCUUCGAGGUGUUCGUCCCGUACACGGCGCGCGACUACCGCCCGAUCUUCGGCCUCGCGGACACCACCAAGAGCUCCAACUGGAUGCGCCUCAAGGAGACGCUCGCCGUGAUCCUCGCUCUCCUCCUCUUCUCGCCGCUCAUGCUCUCGGGCAGAAAGUAGACGCCGAGUCCCGCGCCGAGCAGCGUCCAGCAAGCACUGCCAAACUGGCAGCAGGGCCAGCGCGCCAGCUGGGCGCAGCACGCGGGCGGAGGGGCGAUCUAGGGGGCGAUCUCCACAGAGGUGGGUGUUCUGGGGGUUGGCACACACACUCACACACUGGUGUUGCCCCUUCCUAGACCGGUAGACGGCUCGAGGCAAAGCGGAAUUUCACGGGGACACACACGCUUGCAAAGUCCAAA